AUGACGAAAAACUCAUGCACUCGUCCAUUGGAAAACUUUAUCAAAUUGGUUUCGCGUACCACUGUUCCUCGUGAAUUCAGCUCCUUUACUUCAGUGGAACUAACGCGACCAAAUGUGGUCGAUAUGUUCUACGAAUAUCCAAAAUUAAAUCGCUAUAACGAUGUGGUCGUUUAUGAGAAGACGCGCGUUAGAGCACCGCAAUCUACUGAAAAUCAUAAUUAUAUUAAUGCAAGCUGGGUUGAUGGAUUUCGAGAGCAUCGCAAGUUCAUUGUCACUCAGACACCUCUUAGCACCACCAACUGCCAAUUUUGGCAAAUGAUUUACGAUCGAAAGUCGUUUGUUGUCGUGUUCCUCUCAAGAAUUGUCGAUGAGCAGAAGGAAUACAUUGUGCCCAGAAAAGUUGGCGAUGUGUUGAAAUUUGGCUUGAUGACAAUUGAAUUGGUGCACGUGAGAAACGUCAACUUAUCCUAUGACUCUGCAGUUGUGAAGCUCACGAAAGAGAAUGAGCAUUCUCACGACAUAAUUGUUAUCACAUAUCAUGGAUGGGGUCCAACGUCAUAUCCAUGUCGACCAUCAGAUGUUCUUGCUCUUCUAACUGAUAUUAAUCACAUGAGGGAUUUGAUGAAGAAAAAGGAAAUUGAAGAAAAGAAUGUGGAUCCAAAGUCGCAGUUUCCCGUGACUCUGAUUUGCAUGGACGGAAUUGGUCGGAGCUGCACCGUCGCCGCGUUGGACAUUUUAUGUCGUCGCCUCGAGUACUCAUCGGCAUUCGGCACUCCUUAUGUAGAUGUUCUUGACACAAUUGCACGCCUUCGAAUGUUGCGAGCUGCUGCUUGUCCAAGAGCCGAGCAAUUCAUCUUCCUAUCAAUGUCGAUGCUUGAAUUUGCGCUUCGCUCGAAAUUGGUGCCGAAAGAAAUGCUUUACGAUGUGGAUCUCACAAAUUACAUCGUCGGAGCCAACGAAUAG